CUUGAAUUUUUAUCCCAUCGCAGGGAGCCACAGACACACAGAGCGGAGAGACAGAAAGAGAGGAGAGAGAGAGAGAGAGAGAGAGAGAGAGAGAGGAGACAGAGAGCUCCCGGACAAACAGGACGCAAUUAAGAGAAAAGGAACGCGGGGAGAAAAGAGAGAGAGAGAGAGAGAGAGCGCAGGUGUCCCGGUGCAUUUAUUUAUUUAUUUUUUUAAUUUUGUUGCAGAGAAGAAGAAAAGAAAGAGGAAGAUAUAAUAUAAAUCAGAAGAGAAAGAGAAGAGGAGCAGCAGCAGGAGGAGGAGGAGGAGGAGGAGGUGAAGCCUGAUGUGUCCAGAGCGCGCAGAGGAGCAGAGCGCAGGGAGCCGGAGGCGCGCGCAGUCGGACCCACCGCACCAGGACUGAGCUCGCGCUCUGCCGCGGACACACACACACACACACACACACCGGGAUCACACACACUCACACACACCGGGAUCACACACACUCACACACACACCGGGAUCAUCACAUGAUUGCAUUAUUCUUUCUUUCUAAGCAAAGCGCACGUGCAGGCAUGAUCCGGAGCAGCUGAGCUUCCUUCUUCUUCUAGUCCUCAAAUAGAGAAAAGAAAAAAAAAAAAGAAAAGAAAAAUCUUUCUAAAGGAUAUUGGACAAACACUUGGCACUCUUCAUCUUGUUCAUCUCGUGCAUUUGUCUUCACCUUCAUCCUCACCUGAGCGCACAAGAGCCUGAAACCAAGCGUGGGCAAGUGGACAAGAAAGUCCAAAAGUUCCUCUAAAAAAAGAGAGAGAGAGAGAGAGAGAGAGAGAAGAGGAGGAAGAAGAAGAAGAAGAAGAAAGGGACAAAAGGACACGGAGAAACCUGAGUACUCCGGGGAUGCCACUGAAGCUGCCACUGUAGCUGCCACUGUAGCUGCCAGUGUAGAUGCCAGUGUAGAUGCCAGGCAGGGCGAUGUCCCGUCGCAAGCAGGGAAACCCUCAGCAUCUAUCACAGAGGGAGAUUAUAAGCACUGAAGCUGAGCAUGUGGAUGCAGAUUUGUCACUGGCCGAGCUCGCCGGUCACCACACCCCCAUGCUGCUGGACCCCAACAUGGUCGCCCCUCUGCCCCCAGGCCUUGGAGACCACGACCUCCUGACGUGUGGCCAGUGCCAGGAGACUUUCCCACUGGGCCACAUCCUGCUCUUCAUCGAGCACAAGAAGAAGCAGUGCCAGGGCACCCACGGCUGCUAUGACAAGAUGGCGGACCGCAGCAGCCCCUCGCCACCGCGCACCGAGCUGAGGAAGGUGGAGGAACCGGUUGAAAUCGGAAUCCAGGUGACACCUGAGGACGAGGACGAGAGACUGCUGACGCCUCCGAAAGGAAUUUGCCCGAAGCAAGAGAGCGGCCUGGCAGGUAGAGAUGAACCUUCAAGCUACAUAUGCACAACAUGCAAGCAACCCUUCCCCAGCGCCUGGUUCCUCCUGCAACACGCCCAGAACACCCAUGGGAUUCGCAUCUACCUAGAACCCAAUGGCUCCAACACUUCACUUACUCCACGAAUCACUCUUCCUCCUCCUAUUGGUGCUGAGUCAAUAUCACAGUCCCCUCUGACCAACUUCUUAGGGGACAGCAACCCCUUCCAUCUGCUCCGGAUGACAGGGCCGCUGCUCCGAGAACCCACACCGAGCUUCGUUGAGAACCGUCUCCCAAACACACCCCCCUUUGUUAGCCCCCCUCCACGUCACCACCUAGAUCCCCAUCGCUUGGAACGCCUUAGCGCUGAGGAAAUGGGUUUGAUUUCCCAGCAUCCCAGUGCCUUCGAGAGAGUGAUGCGCUUGACACCCAUGGCCAUGGAGACCCAGUCCAUGGAUUUCUCGCGCCGUCUGCGAGAACUGGCGGGCAACAACUCCACCCCUCCACUCUCACCCAGUCGUGCCAACCCUAUGCACCGUCUGCUCAAUCCUAACCCCUUCCAGCCUAACCGCAAGUCACCCUUCCUGAACACCCCUCCACUGCCACCAAUGCCCCCAAACAGCACCACACCACCUCAGACACAGGACAAGAGCAAAUCCUGUGAAUUCUGUGGGAAGACUUUCAAGUUCCAGAGCAACCUGAUAGUGCACCGGCGAAGCCACACAGGAGAGAAGCCUUAUAAGUGCCAGCUGUGUGAUCACGCCUGUUCUCAGGCCAGCAAGCUGAAGCGCCACAUGAAGACACACAUGCACAAGCCCAGCUCAGUGACAGGUCGCUCAGAUGAUGGUCUCUCUGCCACCAGUUCACCUGAGCCAGGCACUAGCGAUGUCACAGGAGAUCCCAUGAAGAACAGGGAUGGUGACUUCCAAGGUGAGGGACUAGGGCCAGACAAUGAAGAAGAGGAAGAGGAUGAAGAGGAGGAGGAACUGGAGAAUGAGAGUAGGCCUGAGUCAAACUUCAGUAUGGACUCAGAGUUAAGUCGUAACAGGGAGAAUGGCUCCAAACCUCCAAAUGAUGAGAAGAGCCUCACCCUGGGUAAAAUGGUAGACAAUGUGGGGCUGAACUCUAUUCAGCAGUACAAUAACUUGAUUGUUGACAAUCGUAAAAGGCUUCCCUUCUCAAAGAGGGGCUCUGAUGGACAGAGAGACACAGGAGAUGAGGACUCUGUGGUGGAGGAAAUGGAUCACGUGGCGCGGGCCACUGUGAAUGGCAGGAACUGUGGCUCGGGCGAUUCUUUCUCAGGCCUGUUCCCCCGCAAGCCCACCCCUAUCACCAGUCCCAGCCUCUCCAACUCCUCCAAAAGGAUCAAAAUAGAGAAAGACUUGGACAUGCCCCCAGCAUCUCUAAUCCCCUCAGAGAACGUCUACUCCCAGUGGCUGGUGGGUUAUGCAGCAUCACGGCACUUCAUCAAAGACCCCUUCCUCGGCUUCACCGAUUCCAGACAAUCGCCUUUUGCCACCUCCUCCGAGCACUCGUCAGAAAACGGCAGCCUGCGGUUCUCCACUCCUCCUGGGGACCUGUUAGAUGGGGGCCUUUCUGGACGCAGUGGCACUGCCAGUGGUGGUAGCACGCCUCAUCUGUCUGGGGGCCCGGGACCAGGACGUCCUAGCUCUAAAGAGAGCCGGCGCAGCGACACAUGUGAGUUCUGUGGCAAGGUUUUUAAGAACUGCAGCAACUUGACGGUGCACCGGCGCAGCCACACGGGUGAGAGGCCCUACAAGUGUGAGCUGUGCAACUAUGCCUGCGCACAGAGCAGCAAGCUCACCCGCCACAUGAAGACGCACGGGCAGCUCGGUAAGGAAGUGUACCGCUGUGACAUUUGCCAAAUGCCCUUUAGCGUCUACAGCACGCUAGAGAAACACAUGAAAAAGUGGCAUGGUGAACAUUUGAUGACGAACGAGGUCAAAAUUGAACAAGCUGAGAGAAGCUAAGCCAGAUUACCCAUUUUGCCUCACAAUUUCUUGAAUAUAAAAAAGGGUAGCUGGAUACUCUGUUUGUUUUUCUUUUCAAAUAAUAAUAAUAAUAAUAAUAAUAAUAAUUUGAAUUAGAUUCGCCUAAGAAACUGCCAUCUGAGAAUAAAAAAGACAGAAGCUAAGGGAAAUUGGAGCGGGUCUAAACUGCCUAAUUUGGCAUUUUUUUUCAGUCUUUCAGUCUAACAAUGGACAAAUUAGAUGAUGUUUAAAUGGAGCCUUUAACUGUGCAAUAAUUUCUGUAUUUAUUGGAUUUCGUAAUGUUUUGGCAUGUGCAGGUGCAUUUUUCUUUCCUUUAUUUUGUUAAUUGUCUUAUUUUUAAAUUCAAAUGCUGUGAUUUUUUGAAAAUGUUGUUUUUAAACCCAGACAAAACAAAAAUCUGAGAUUUAAUUUUUAUCCACAACAGAGUACAAUUUGAGAGAUCUUUAGGCCGCUGCUCAUGAAAUUGUAUAUUUAAGCUACAUGUAAUUUCUUGAAGAGAAGCCGGGUUCAAUCUUCGAUUUUUAAAGAAACUGAGAAAGCUAGCUUUUUUUUUUGCUGUUUGUUUGUUUGUUUGAUUAUUCAUAUUAGGAUAUAAGCGGACAACAAUCCUUCGACUUUGUAGCAUGAACUGAUUUCAUACGUGUCAAUCUAAUUGGAAAUGUAGCACUGAAUGUCGUACGUGACGGUAAAUCUGGGGGAUUGUGGAGCUCGGGUUCUACGUAAUGCAGAGAGGGAAGGUAGUUCUGGUACUAAGUACCAAUCCAGACAAGACCAAUCAAGCAAAAAAAAUUGCUUCAGUUCUUGCUCAGAUGCUAAAGGUGUACAACCUUAAUUAAUGACAAAAGGUUUAUUUCUUUUCUCUUUUCUAAUAUUGACUCUUUGGUUGCUCGUUUCUCCGAGUCGUUUGCUCUGACAUUUCCUGAGCAGGAUGGCUAGAGCGAACUCCGACUAUCAACACGACUACCUACCUAGCUAUGAUUACCGCCAGGUUUUUACAUAAAUGUGGCUAAUUAUAACCACACUGACAUUCCACAGAUAGCCAUACGGUCUUAUAUGGGUUGAUAUCGAAGAUUAUGCAGGAGAAAUACUAUUUAUUACCUUAGCUAGCACCUCUGAUGAUUCUAAUGAUUUAAUGUACGUUGAUGAACGUUCGAGCGAAAUGUUGAACUGAUUUAGCCAGAUUAGCGGAAAGAUUCAGUCAUACACUCAUUAAUUAUAUGUCAAAGUGCAUUUUUAUGUAUAUACCAAUUUGCAAUCAUUUUGAGAAUUAAAUUUAUAAUGUACUGUAAAGGUGAAUACAUACACACACAAGUCGUAUGCACGGAAAAAAAAAUGUUUUAAUAUGUUUAAGCGAAAACAGUAAGACUUUUUUUCUUUCUCUCUUCUCAUUCAGGACUUCCUGUGAUGUGUAGUUGAAGUAGCAACACGCAUAAAGAAUGUGCAGCUGAAUUUUUUAAAGCUCCCCUUUCCUUUCCUUUCCUUUCCUUUCCUUUCCUUCCUCCCCUACUUUUUUUCCUCAACGAUCACUCCCAUCAGCUAAAUCACACCCUCGAUUCUUAUAUUACCACACAAGGGCCAACAAUUUAUAGAAUCGAGGAGAUAUCAUGGUUAAAAAAAAAGACAGAAGAAGAAAAAGAAGAGAGAAAUCAGCCGCAUCUCUUUGCAGUUCGUCCCCGCACUUUAUGAUUUGUUUUGUGCAUUCACGACUUCAUGGAGAAAACGGCUUCUGAGCAAGAAAUUACGCGGAAAAAGGAUUUUUAGUUUUGCGAAAAGGAUCAUCUGAGAUUCAAGUGCCCGUGUUGCAAGGCUUGGCUUUCACAGCACUGGCACUAUAAAAGUGAAAUUAAUUUAUUUGGACGGUUUUUGUACUGCCGGAUCAAUUUGACAUGAGUGUGCCUUGAAUACUGAUCUUCCUAUUUAUUGUCUCGCAAAAGACAAAAUGCAACGUUUUUUUGUGCAAAAAGAAAAACUAACGUCCGUAGAUGUAAUCUGCUUCUAAAAAAUGAACGAAUCAGCGAUCAUACAUAAUUCUUGAAAAAAGAUUCUUGAUAAAGAGUAAACAGCACAAUAGUGAUGUGUAUGUGUUUGGAGAUAUAUAUGCGUAUGUACAUAUAGCACAAACACACACACAUUAUAGACGUAUAUAUGUAUAUUUCUUCAAUUCAGGAUACAAUGGAAUCCCUUGGUAAAAACUGUACAUUGUUUUCCGGAAUUUUUUUUUUUUACACAUUUUUUCUCUUUUCUUUCCUUCUUUUUUUGCUACAAAUAGACAAGGAAGAGACUGGACGAACAUCAGGAACUACAGAAACUAAAAAAAAAAGACUUUAGUGCACUCUGUCUUAAAAUACGUUUACAGUAUUGAAACAAGUACAAGGGUAAAAUGAUAUUUCUGUGUAUUUGUGUUUUAAACAAACAAGUAUUUUUUUGUCUUUGGUUGUUUUUCUUUUUUUUCUUUUUGCUUAUAAAGUUUCAUUGCCACAGUGGCUAUGUGUAUAUUGGUUUUUUGGUGACGGGGUUUUAGUAUAUAUAUAUAAAUAUAUAAAUAUAAAUAUAUAUAUAUAUAUUACAUUUUUUUCUUGUUUACUGUAAAAGUAUACCAGUAUUUGUAAUAUUGCAGAAUGCCUGGGCAUUUUACAAAAGAAAAAAAAAAAAGAAAAAAAGUUUUUAAAAUAUUUUUUUGUUUAAUUUUGCAGUCCAAUUUAAACGGUGGGUCUCGAUUAUUUUAUUUUUAUUUUAUUUUAUUUUUUUGUCACUGUAACUGUAAAAGUCUUGAGUUUUUCGUAGCUUUCUGCCUUGGGUGUGAGAAAAUAAAGACAAAUUAAUUAAAAAGUGAACUGCAAAAAUGGAGCUCAUAGGCUGAGGGGCCUGUGAUGAUGAUGAUGAUGAUGAUGAUGUCUGGAUGAUUCCCCCAAACAUUAAUACUUUGCAGGAAAAAAAAACAAACAAUCUUUAUCUGUAUGUUUUUAUUUAAGUUGGAAUGGAUUCUCUUAAAGACAAUAUACGUCUUUGUAACGGGGCUUGAAAUGUUUGGACCUUGUGAUGCGACGUCGCCCCCGAGCUGCCACGGUAGAUCCAUUUUUACAUGUUCGGCAGGAUAAAACGGGAAGCAUUUUACAUUUCUGAAUAUGAAAUCUGUAAAGAAGGGAUUAAAAGGUUGUUCAACAGCCUUUUACUGUAGCUGCAUAUAUGACAGUAAAUGUUUUUGCUCACUAUUAUAUUGGUUGUAAAUAUUUUUUUUAAAUGCUUACCCAGACUUUUUGCUUUUUGCUUUUCUUUGUGUGUGUUGGGAGUGGCCCAGGGAGCAGCCUGUCUUUUACCUGUUCGCCCCUCCACCCCCAGCCCUGUGUGUUCGAUUCUGAGUGUAAAAAUGCGGUUCUGUACGGAGCCUGCAACGUGCAGCUCUCUUAGCAUGAGAAGAAUAGAGCACAAAUACAAACUGUUUUACUUGUCUAACUCA